AUUUAUCGGCGCGAUGCGUACGUGAAGCAUGCCAACAUCAUUCUCAAAACCCGUCACGUUAAAUCUAAAGUAGUGUAGCUAAAUCACAAGUUUAUCCGUUCGCAAAAUUGUUGAUGCAGGAGUUUGACUUCUGCGACGCCUUAGGUAUGUGGGUUCUCAUUAUUCCAUGUUUGCCGUCUAUGCACACCUGGCCAUGUGAACGAAGUCUGCCCCAAGCGCCGCAGGCACACGAAUAUCGAACCUUGGGCUUAUCUGAUCUCGAUAUUGCAAUAUCUGACUAGCCAGUUCAAAUGUCUGAUCCUCGCAAGAUGGGCACGAGGAUGUCGUCCAUCAUAGAUGAAAUGCCUGGCGACUACACAUAUCAGUCGAGCGGAGGUGCUGUUAACGGACGCGUGUCGGGUACCACACCAGUCAGAGACAUGUCUCAGGAGGUCACUCUGGAUCGGCUGGGCCAGCGGCCCUUCCAAACCGCCUCUGGCGAAGCCAUGUGCUCGAGCAUGGUGCGCGGCAUUGACCACCUGCGGGACCCACGGCUCAACAAGGGCAUGGCGUUCACUCUGGAGGAGCGACAGCGGCUCGGCAUCCACGGCCUGCUGCCGCCGCGCUUCAAGACCCAGGAGCAGCAGGUGGCUCUCUGUAUGCGUAACGUGGCGCGGUACGACGAGAACCUCAACAAGUACAUCUACCUGAUGGGACUGCAGGACCGCAACGAGCGCCUGUUCUACCGUCUGCUCGCGGAGAACGUCGAGCAGAUGAUGCCGCUCGUGUACACGCCGACCGUCGGGCUGGCCUGCCAGAAGUUCGGCCUCAUCUACCGGCGCGACCGCGGCCUCUUCAUCAGCAUACACGACAAGGGACACAUUUACGAAAUCCUCAAAAACUGGCCGGAGCAGGACGUCCGGGCCAUCGUGGUGACGGACGGAGAGCGAAUCCUCGGCCUGGGAGACCUGGGUGCCCAGGGCAUGGGCAUCCCGGUGGGGAAGCUGUCGCUGUACACCGCACUGGCCGGCAUUAAACCCAGCCAGUGUCUGCCCAUCACGCUGGACGUGGGCACCAACAACCAGAGUCUUCUGGAUGACGAGGAUUACAUCGGGCUGCGGCACAAGCGUGUCACCGGAGCCGAGUACGACGACUUCAUCGACGAGUUCAUGCAGGCCGUGGUGAAACGCUACGGCCAGAACACGCUGAUCCAGUUUGAGGACUUCGGCAACCACAACGCGUUCCGUUUCCUGGAGAAGUACCGCAACAAGUACUGCACGUUCAACGACGACAUCCAGGGCACGGCGUCGGUGGCUGUCGGCGGCAUGCUGGCCGCCAUGAGGAAGCUCAAGACGAAGCUGUCUGAACACACCUUCCUCUUCCUCGGAGCCGGAGAGGCGGCUCUGGGUAUCGCCGGCCUCUGCGUCAUGGCCAUGAUGAAGGAAGGACUUUCCUCUGAGGAGGCGCACAAGAGGAUCUUCAUGAUCGACUCGCGUGGUCUGAUCGUCAAGAACCGGCCUGCCGGCGGCGUGGUGGGCCACAAGGUCGAGUUCGCGCAGGACAUGCCGCCCAUGAAGGAGAUCGCAGAGGUGGUUGACAGGGUGCGGCCCACCGCCCUCAUCGGCGCCGCCGCCCAGUCCGGUGCGUUCACACCCGAAAUUCUGAAGAAGAUGGGCGAAAUCAACAAGGAGCCCAUCAUCUUUGCGUUGAGCAAUCCGACCAGCAAGGCCGAGUGUACGGCGCAGCAGGCGUACGAGGCGACAGAGGGCCGCGCCAUUUUCGCCUCGGGUUCUCCGUUUGACCCUGUGACGAUCAACGGCAAGACGCUGUACCCUGGCCAGGGUAACAACGCCUACAUCUUCCCUGGCGUCUCGCUGGGAGUCAUCUGUACGGGCAUGCACCACAUCAGCGAGGAGGUGUUCCUCUACAGCGCAGAGGCACUGUCUGAGAUGGUGACGGACGAGGAUCUGGCCCAGGGUCGGCUCUACCCCCCGCUCAGCUCCAUCCAGGAGGUCUCCAUCAAGAUCGCUGUCCAGUUGGCGGAGCACGCCUACAAAACCGGCACCGCCUCCACCUACCCUCGUCCGACCGAUGUGGAGGCGUUUGUGCGCGCUCAGCUGUACGACCCGCGCUACGGCAGCGCCAUACCUCAGGCGUACUCGUGGCCGUCUAACCUGUAGGAUCGGCCGUUCGCGAGGCAUUGCGUCCCUGUAUCCGGAGCCCAAGGACAAGGCGGCCUUCAUUCGGGCCCAGCUGUACGACUACCACUACACGAGUCCGCUGUGUGCCACCUGGGAGUGGCGGAGCCCCGAGAACCACAACGGGGCCAUGUGAGCUCACCGUGCUGCCAUCUGACGAACAAAACGACAACUGUAACCUGACGGUGCGGCCGCCGAGCGGCAGCACACGGCGCCCGUGGGGACUGUGUUCCUGAACCGAAAUGAGAUUUGGUGUUGAAUGAUGGUGAGAUCAGUGAGGCAAUUGAUGGGUGUAGAGAGAGAAGCGAGCAGUGCUGAAUGGGAGAUUUUUGGCAACAGCCGACGCUGGUUACUGGUAAUGGUGGGACGUGUCAAUGUUUACUGGAGCCAUAGGAUGGAAUAUAUUUUACCGUCACCAUCCGUCACCUUCACGACGGUCAAAGCGUUACGAUCAUGCCCUUUUUGAAGCUCGUUUAAGAGUGAUCUUUCAACUGAGACGGAUUUCUCCUUUUACUUUAUCUUAAUUUAAGUUGGUUGAAGGUGUAUUUUUAAAAUUGUACUCAAUAUAUUAUCGUAAGCGCGUCCCUUCGUAGUGGUGGCAUGUAUGUUUUGCUCGAGCUACGAUUAUAGCAUAUUAUCGUGGUGUUAACUGACUGAAAUGUAAAUUUGUUGGUUGGACAUGAUGAGCAAUACAUGAGAUAUGAGUC